GGGUUGUUUCUGAUCGCCGCGAUCAGAUGCGAAAAUUCUGAUUCUGAUGCGAAAAUACGCGGCGGCGUUCUCCUGUAGUGCGAAGGGAAAUGAAAAGUAUUUUGUUUGGAGAACCUCCGGCAAACCGCAUGUCAUUUGUCAUAUCUGAUUUAUUACCCACAGGAUCACAUUACAGGGGAAUUUCAAAUCCUGUAACAACAUCCAAGAUCACAUACUUUAAAAGGAAAUAUGUGGAAGAAGAGGAUUUUCAUCCGCCACUCAGCAGCUGUACACAUAAAACAAUCUCCGUGUUUGAGGAGCGGGCUCAUAUUCUUUACAUGUCUUUGGAAAAGCUGAAAUUCAUUGAUGAUCCUGAAGUCUACCUGCGGAGAUCCGUCCUCAUCAACAAUCUCAUGAAAAGAAUCCAUGGGGAGAUCAUCAUGCAGAACAACUGGUGCUUCUCCACCUGCUCCUUCGGAGGCACCUCCCCACAGGAGUGGUUUGUGCCUCAGGACUGUCCGUACAGAAAACGCCUUCGGAUGGCCAAGGAGGAGUACGAGAAGCUCCACAUGUGCUGCUUCUAUCAAGAAUGUGGCAGUCACUAUUUAAAUCUACCCUACUCUGUUAAUGCUAGUACAGAAAGUAAUUCCUCUUCUCCCUCCUCCUCUUCCUCCUCCUCCUCCUCCCCUCCCAUUUCUUUGCCAAGCUGUUCCCAGCAGGUGGAUUAUGAAGUUGGCAGUGCACCUUCUUACAGAAGUGAUGACCAGAUACCUGCUAAUGAAAUAUUCAUCACUAAUGGCAGGUCUCACAGUAAUCAGGAAAAGGCAAAAUUUAAUGAGGAGAAAGGAGGUAAUGAACCUGAGAGAGAGAGCAUCGCCCUAAACUGUGAGCCUGUAAGAGGCACCCAUGCUCUUGAAUGUAAAGGCAAAUUUUAUGACUAUUUUGAGACUGGAUGUAACGACAAGAGCAACGUAAGUGAAUCUUGGAAAAAAUCCUUAAGGAAAAAGGAAUCUUUACCAAGUAAUAAAAUCUGCUGCAACAAAGGAAGUAAAAUAUGAGGCAUCUUUCUUGCUCUGUUGAAGCAUGCACAGCAUGUUCCUUCUCUAUCAAAUUUUUAUUUUGAACGGAUUUUUUAUAGUUUUCUACAAAUGGUACAAUCAUGCCACAAACAUGACGCGUAGAGUGGAGAGCAGAUUGCGUAAAGUGUCUCUGCAUCAGUGGCUAUUUAUAAAUGUGGAGGCUUCAGAAAGAACGCAGUUGCAUUGCUGCUGAGCACUGGAGUCUGUGCAGCUAUGGUGGAGCUUUCCUUGCUGAAAAUGCCAAUCAGCCAGAUGGGGAAAACAUAUCGUUUUACAUAUCCCCGCCCCGCAAGAAGUCUGCCAUUAAUUAAGAAGAACCUCCAUUGUGUUUACCAAGGAAUUAGAAGUCUGGUAAACAAAUUGAUGCUACCAGCAAGGAUGAGAUGCUCCUUGUAACUCAGUAUUCGUUCUGACAAAGGACUGUCUUCGUGGAUUGGGAAUAAACCAUCCUUACGUUUUGUAUUGAUACUCUUGAAUUCCUGUAUUCAGCGUCUUGUUCAACUGACAAAAUAGGACAUAGCAUAAAGAAAUAACCUGUUUGUGGGAUCUUAAUCAGAAUCAAACAUGCAGCUCAAGUACUUGCAUGUUUUCACCUCGGCUGUAAUAACUAGUGAGGUUUGUUGUUACACAGGGCAGGUUUUUUUUUGGUGCCUUACUUUUUGUCUUAAUUUUUGCCAGUGUGAAAAUUAAGUAUGAAUCUGAUACAGCAGGGAUUUAACCUAAACAGAGAUUAAAAAAGAAACCCACAGGGUGGAUCAAUAUUAUUAGAAACCUUUAACCUUUGAAGUACUGAGUUCAACUUCCUAUUCAAACAUCUCUGUUCUUCCUUUUUGAUGCUCAAUUGCUUUUUGAUUUGCCAUCCUUAGGAAGGGAUUUAAGAAACAAUAGAGAGAUGUCUCUUGUAAACAAGCAUUCGAUGCUUGAGUGUUUCUAUGGCAACUGUCUGUUGCUGGGGCUCUUUUUUUUUCCUUCUUCGUAUAAUGAAGUUCAUGACCCAGUGGCAUGUUUUAUACUUUAUUCUGUUUCACAUAAUUUCUUUUUUAGAUUGCAAAAGCAUGCGGGAGUUUUCUAUGACUUUUGCCGUUGAUUUGAAAAAAGACAAGAAGGCAAAAAGCACAAUGUUAAUUAAUAAUGUGGCAACAAACACAGUUUUAUCUGAAUGAAUGUAAGGGGUUUAAUUUUAAAAAAGAACAUUUUGGAGAUUUCAGUGGCUGAGGACAGCAUUUAGUCAUCCCUAGGUAGAUUGAUUGCAAAAGUGUGCUGUGUAAAAUGCCCAGAAGACAUUAAUUGGGGUUGGACCAAGAGUGAGUCUUAGAUCCACCAAAUUAAUUAGUUCCCACAGUCCCCAUAACAACUGGCAGGAUGUGCUCAGUGAAAUAGCCACAUCCAGGCCACAGCUGACUCAUAAAUAGCUGCCUGUUCCCACAGCAUCUUGCACUCAAGUGUUGUCUCUGCUUGUUCCUUGCCCAAAGGGUAAAAAUCCCCUCUGUGCUGGGGGAGCAGCCAGCUCGGUGCAGGACAUGAGUGUCCCCAAGGGGACACAGCCCCAGGCUUGGCACUGGAGUCAGACUCUCUGGGUCUGAGACCUCCUGCUUUGGGUUUCAUGGGUUCAGCUGGAGGAGUCCUGGGCCAUGGUUUUUUGGGAUAGAAAAAUACAUUUGCAAACUGUAUGGUCUUUGUCAGAAAGCCUAGUGGUCACAGGAAAAUCCUCCCCCCCCAGCCAAGGUGACCACAAACACAGCAGGAUAUAAAUCAGUGAUAACCUUUAUGAAGUCAGGUGAUUUUAAACUGAUAAGUUUGUAAGGGUUAUCAUUGUGAAAAAUGACAAAUAAAGAAAGUACAAGUCCCACCUGAUUUCUCCAAGACAGAAGCU